AUGAAAGAAAGACCACAGGACUUCCUUCAAAGAUACGGCACCACAGCUAGCAAUGGCUUUCUCCCAGAUAUCGCUCCAUUACAUCGCCUACCUGAUCCAUACUAUGGUCCAUGGGAGUUGCUCAUUAGCGACCUACCAAAGCUCAUGAAGUCCGGACAGAUCCGGUGCAGGAUUGAGAGCCUGUCAGUACUUGAAACGACUCGACUAAAAUCAGAACCUGAAUGGCAACGAGCAUAUUCUAUUUUAGGAUUCCUUACUCAUGCCUACAUAUGGGGAGGUGAACAACCAUGCGAGAAAGUUCCCCCUCAGCUUACCUGCCCUUUCCUCAAAGUCUCAGAUCACUUUGGGCUGCCCCCAGUGGCAACUUAUGCCGCACUCAACCUAUGGAAUUUUGCGGCCAGACAGCCUAAGUCUGACAUGUCGAACCCAGACAAUCUUCGAUCACUACAUACGUUCACCGGCAGCAAAGACGAGGAAUGGUUCUACCUGAUAUCAGUCUCGAUCGAGGCAAAAGGGUCAUUGUUCAUCUGGGAAAUGCUCCGAUGCAUAUAUGCUGUUGAAAGCGACGAUACCGAGACGGUCUUAUCAUGCCUACAAACCAUCACGGCUGGAGCCAUUGAGUUGGGAAUACUGCUGCAACGAAUGCAUGAGCACUGCGACCCGCAGCGGUUCUACCACGAAAUCCGUCCUCUUCUUGCAGGAAGUAAAGGCAUGGCAGCGGCAGGACUACCGAGGGGCGUCUUCUACGACCAAGGCAACGGCAAAGGCUUAUGGCGCCAGUACAGUGGCGGUAGCAAUGCUCAAAGCUCUCUGAUCCAGCUUCUUGACGUCUUUCUUGGCGUUGACCAUCAUUCGACCGGAGAGCAUGACUCCAACAAGGCCGGAGACGGUCAGCGUGCCAUCAAGGCUAACGCAUUCAUACUGGAAAUGAGAAAGUACAUGCCGCGAGCACACCGAGAUUUCCUAUCACAGAUCGAGCAGUUGAGCAACGUACGGGACUAUGCGCUGCGUCCGACGACGCUGGUCGGGAUUCGAAAAGCAUACAACAAAGCCGUCACAGCCGUGGUGGGUGUUCGGGACAUCCACAUCAGGAUUGUAAGUCGGUACAUAACCAUGCCGUCGAGAAGUCCUCCAGCAUCAUACAUCAUGAAGAGGAAAGUUGUGAAUCUAGCUACAGCGGCUACAAAGGAUCAAAAAAUCGAGAAAGAUCGCGAGCCAGAAAGGGAGCAUUUGCAAGGCACUGGAGGUACCGAUCUGAUCCCGUUCUUGAAACGAACCCGGGAUGAGACACGCGAGACUUUUGUGCGGCUGGAUAAUUGA